CAGUCUUUCUCACAUCCUGGAUAUUGGAUUAACUGCCUGCAUUUCUAAAUAAUCUUUAACAUUGUAAGGGCCCCAAAACCCUCAGCAGAAGUGAAGAGAGACAAAACUUGGCUCUGAGCCACACACCUAAGAGCCUGAUCAGAGAAGUAGGUUUUGAGGAGUUUCUCGAAAGUGGAAGGAAAUGGAAGGUUGAGCAACUUAGGCUGGGAGGUCCAGUCUUGAAGGCACGUCCGCCACUGUGGGACAGAUGGAACAAGUGGACCUGCACUGACAAGCGGGCCAGCCAUGCAGCGGGAGAAGCUGAAGUGCAAGAACCUCCACGAGUACAUGAGGAGCCUCAGCCCAGCCAUCCUCGACAAGCUGUACAAUCACCCGGCCACCUGCCUGGCUGUCUUCAGGGAGCUGCCGGCGCUGGCUCAGAAUUACGUGAUGCGGCUGCUGUUCUUGGACCAGCCCUUGCCCCAGGCCGCCGUGGCGUUCUGGGUGAAGAAAGAUAACCAACGAGACCACGACGACUGCAUGAGUAUUCUGACAGGGCUUCGACUCUGGCAUUCCCAGCAGCUCCCCGGUGGGCUCCAGGGCCUGGUCCUCAACCCCAUCUUCAAAGAGAAUCUGCGCAUCGCACUGCUUGGCGGGGGUAAAGCGUGGGCAGAUGACACCAGCCAGCUGGGACCAGACAAGCACGCUCGAGACAUCACCUCCCUGGACAAGUACGCCAUGGAACGGUGGGAGGUGAUUCUGCACUUCAUGGUGGGCUCUCCCAGCGCGGCUGUCAGCCAGGACCUGGCUCAGCUCCUCAUUCAAGCCGGACUCAUGAAGAGCGAAGGAACAGAGGCUCCAUGCAUCACGUCAGCCGGGUUCCAGUUCCUUCUGCUUGACACUUCCUCCCAGCUCUGGUACUUCAUGCUGCAGUAUCUCCAAACAGCCGAGUCCAGAAAAAUGGACCUGGUUGAGAUUUUGUCCUUCGUGUUCCAGCUGAGCUUCUCCACAUUGGGCAAGGAUUACUCCGUGGAAGGGAUGAGCGACUCUCUGCUGACCUUCCUGCAGCACUUGCGGGAAUUCGGGCUGGUCUUCCAGAGAAAGCGUAAAUCACGGAGGUUUUACCCGACGCGCCUGGCCAUUAACCUGGCGCUGGGUGUGUCAGGCAGCACGGUCGACGUGCAUCGUCAAGGCUACAUCGUCGUGGAGACAAACUACAGGAUCUACGCCUACACUGACUCUGAGCUCCAGCUCGCCCUCAUCGCACUUUUCUCCGAGAUGCUUUACCGCUUCCCCAACCUGGUGGUGGCCCAGCUCAGCCGGGAGAGCGUGCAGCAGUCCAUUGCCAACGGGAUCACCGCCGAGCAGAUCAUCCACUUCCUGCGGACGAGGGCCCACCCCGUGAUGCUGAAAGAGAACCCGGUGCUGCCUCCAACGAUCACCGACCAGAUCCGACUGUGGGAGAUGGAGAGGGACCGCCUGCGGUUCACAGAAGGUGUGCUGUACAACCAGUUCCUCUCCCAGGUGGACUUUGAGCUGCUCCGGAACUACUCCCGGGAUCUGGGCGUCCUGGUGUGGGAAAACCCCUCCAAGAGGCUGAUGGUGGUGACUCCCGGGGGCCACCCCGAUGUGAAGCGCUUCUGGAAGAGGCAGAAACACAACUGACAGGCUGGGGGUGUCAGGUGUAGGGGGGGUGGCCCACCCCUUCCUCCCCCAGUGGGGGCAUUGGUUGGAGGAUUCAGGGUGCAGCCACCAGCACCCGCUCCCCAAGCACUGCAGGGCAGCAAGAACCAUCCCAAACUGCCAACCAGCCUGAAUCCCGGGACCGGCAGGAUAACUGCGCCACAGCAGGGGCUUUACAAACCCCUCCCCCCCCCAACAGGAGAGAGAAGGGACUUGCCUCCCCCCCCCCCCCCACCCCGUGAGAGCCACUGUGCUGCUUCUGUGUGUUUUGCAUUUUCUUAAUAAAAGUUGGAAGA